AUGGCUGUUUGGUGGCACACUUCCCUCCUCCUCUUCAUCUUCCUCCUCCUCCUUCCGCUCGGCGAGGCUGACGUCCAAGCGGUGAACCCCAUGGAGUGCCCCAAACCCUCUCCCGUCCCCGCAUGCAGCGCCUUCCUCUACGUCGUCCCGCGCGGCCACAACGCCUCGGACACCGCCGCCCGCUACUCCGCCGACGCGUCGCUCGUCGAGCCCAUCAGGCGCCCCUCGGGCGCGACCGACUUCUUGGUCGCCGUGCCGUGCGCGUGCGAGGCGGCCGGCAACGCCACGGCCCUGUUCCACGACACCGUGUAUCUGGUGCAGCCCCACGACACGGCGAGCGGCGUCACGGACGUGGUCUUCAGCGGGCUGGCGUGGCGGGUGCCGGAGAACAUCACCGACUUCGCGAGCAUCACCGUGCGCCUCCCUUGCGGGUGCUCGGCGACGUCGGUCGUGUCGUACGCGGUGCAGUCCGGCGACACGCUGACGUCCAUCUCCGAGCUGUUGGACUCGGACGUCGAGGCGAUCAAGGCGAUGAACCCGGAGCUGAUGCCGAAUCCCGACUUCUUGAAUCCCGGGCAGUUGUUGUUUGUGCCCAUGGGCGUGCAUGGUUCGCCACCACCACCACCACCACCACCUCCUCCUCCUCCUCCCAAAGGCACCGCGACAUUCAUGUCAGAGAGGCCUGUGACGUUUAGUCUGGAAGAGGUUGAUAGAGCCACAGCAAGCUUCCACGAUUCGAGAAAGAUUGGUGAAGGAGGGUACGGCAGUGUGUAUUUGGGAAUCUUGGGAACACAGGAAGUUGCCAUCAAAAAGAUGAAGUCAAGCAAAUCCAAGGAGUUCUUCGCUGAGCUGAAUGUGUUGUGCAAAGUGCAUCACAGAAAUGUGGUUGAACUGAUUGGUUAUGCAGCAGGAGAUGACCACCUUUACUUGGUCUACGAGUAUCUUCAGAAUGGCUCCUUGAGCGACCAUCUCCAUGAUCCACUGCUCAAAGGUCAUCAACCUAUCUCAUGGACUGCAAGAACACAGAUCGGAUUGGAUGCUGCCAGGGGAAUCGAGUACAUCCAUGAACACACCAAAGCCACCUGCGUUCAUCGCGAUAUAAAGACCAGUAACAUUCUGCUGGAUAGUGUGCUGAGAGCAAAAGUUGCAGACUUUGGGUUGGCAAAGCUUGUGGAGCAAAGUGAUGAGGACUGGUGUUUCGCGACUCGCUUGGUUGGAACUCCUGGUUACCUUCCACCAGAGUCUGUUAGGGAGCUUCAGAUGAGCACCAAAUCCGAUGUGUUUGCCUUUGGAGUUGUUCUUGCUGAGCUUGUUACGGGAGAAAGAGCUCUCAUUCCCGACAAGAAAGAUGCUUGCAAGAUGAGAUCACUGGUUACAGCUAUGAAAGAAGUUUCCGCCUCGGACGAUCCGAAUGCUGCUCUGGAAGAGAUCAUCGAUCGAAAUCUUGAUCAUGUCUACCCUACGGAAGAAGUACGGAAGAUGGUGGACGUGGCGAUGUGGUGUUUGAGUGAUGAUCCCGUAAGCAGACCUGAGAUGAGGGAGAUCACAACGAACCUAUCACAGAUAGUGAUGGCUUCUAUAGAGUGGGAAGCAUCACUCGGUGGCAACAGCCAAGUCUUCAGUGGCAUCUUUACUGGAAGAUGA